CCUGAAAUUGAAGGGAAAACGGUGGAGGCCCAGAGAAAUGGGCUAAGCCCUAGGCAGGCUGAACUCAACCCAGUCCCAAAUACCAACGACUUGUAAAGGCCUUUUGGAUCAUGCUGUGGUGACACGUGUCCGUUGGGUGACCUUGUACUCGUUAUUUCAAAAUCCCAUCUCUUUUGGUACAUUUAUUGGUGAUUCUUCCCUCUUCUCCCUCCAAGGAAACAAAGCCUCUCUGUUGCUCUGCUCUCUCCUGAUCGCCAUGGCGUUAGCAGAAUUCUCAAUUUCACGCACAGAAACUCGAUUUCUUUCCUCCCAGUUCUCAUUAUCAUCUUCCUCAACUCGUUUCUACAACCACCGUCGAAUUGAGUUGCGGGCGCCUUCUCGAGCCCGCAAUGCCAAAGUGCUCUGUUCUAUCGCACCCAGCGAAGUACAGGCACCGGUCACUCCACAGGUUAAUGAGGCCAAUAAAAAGGAGUGCUUCGGGGUCUUCUGCCUCACUUACGAUCUCAUGGCCGAAGAGGAGACAAAAUCAUGGAAGAGCUUAAUUAAAGUCGCAGUUUCAGGUGCUGCUGGAAUGAUAUCUAAUCAUCUGCUUUUCAAACUUGCAUCUGGUGAAGUUUUUGGGCCAGAUCAACCCAUUGCCUUGCAAUUGUUGGGGUCUGACAGGUCAUUCCAAGCUCUUGAAGGAGUUGCCAUGGAACUAGAGGACUCCUUAUAUCCUCUUCUAAGGGAAGUAAGUAUCAGCAUUGAUCCCUAUGAGGUGUUCCAGGAUGUAGAAUGGGCUCUUCUAAUUGGAGCAAAGCCUCGAGGUCCUGGAAUGGAACGAGCAGGCUUAUUAGAUAUUAAUGGGCAGAUAUUCGCUGAACAGGGAAAAGCACUCAAUGCCGUUGCAUCCCGUAAUGUUAAAGUGAUAGUCGUCGGCAAUCCUUGCAACACAAACGCUCUUAUUUGUUUGAAAAAUGCACCAAAUAUACCUGCAAAGAACUUCCAUGCUUUGACUAGGUUGGAUGAGAAUAGAGCCAAGUGUCAGCUUGCCCUUAAAGCAGGUGUGUUUUACGACAAAGUGUCAAAUAUGACAAUCUGGGGAAACCAUUCCACUACUCAGGUUCCAGAUUUUUUGAAUGCAAAAAUCAAUGGUAUACCUGUGAAAGAAGUUAUACAGGACACUGAAUGGCUAGAGAAAGAGUUUACCGAAAAGGUCCAGAAGAGAGGAGGUGUGCUAAUUAAAAAAUGGGGAAGAUCUUCAGCCGCAUCAACUGCUGUAUCAAUAGUUGAUGCCAUAAAGUCCCUCAUCACUCCGACGCCAAAGGGAGAUUGGUUUUCUACAGGGGUUUAUACCAAUGGAAAUCCAUAUGGAAUCGCAGAGGAUAUUGUUUUCAGUAUGCCAUGCAGAUCAGAUGGCAAUGGUGAUUACGAGCUUGUGAAGGAUGUGAUCAUUGACAACUUCCUCUGUGAGCGUAUAAAAAAGAGUGAAGCUGAGUUACUAGCUGAGAAGAGAUGUGUGGCCCACCUUACAGGGGAGGGUAAUGCAUUCUGCGACCUUCCUGAGGACACAAUGCUUCCUGGAGAGCAGUAAGACUGAUGCUAUGGUACUUCUCUCAGAAAUUUAAUAGAAGCUUUCAACAAGAGAAGCAGAAUUGCGGAGCAAAAAAUUUUCAGUCGCCUGCUGCUUGUUUAUAUGUACUAUGAACACAUGCAUAGGUCAUCCAUGGUAAAAUGCUUUCUUAUGCAGUAGCUUUGAGCUGGUGUGGUAGCACAAUUUUUUUGAUCCAGUAACCAUGUCUAAAAUCUAAAUUUGUUAAUGUAUUAGAUAAAUUAUGUACUUGUAUCCUAUUCUGAUAAGUCAAAUUGUCGGAUUAGUUUUCUUUGA